GCCUGUGAUUCUAGUCGAUCUUUUCUCGUUGCAACGACAAGCUCUGUUCCUAAUGGCGCCGAGGGCGGAGAAGAAGCCGGCGGAGAAGAAGCCUGCUGCGGCGGAAGAGAAGGAGAAGAGGGCGGAGAAACAGCCCAAGGCCGGGAAGCACCUCCCCUCCAAGGACGGCGCCUCCAUCGACAAGAAGAAGAAGAAGGCGAAGAAGGGGAGCGAGACGUACAAGAUCUACAUCUUCAAGGUGCUGAAGCAGGUGCACCCGGACAUCGGCAUUUCCAGCAAGGCCAUGUCCAUCAUGAACUCCUUCAUCAACGACAUCUUCGAGAAGCUGGCCCAGGAGGCCGCCCGCCUCGCCCGCUACAACAAGAAGCCCACCAUCACCUCCCGCGAGAUCCAGACCUCGGUCCGCCUCGUCCUCCCCGGCGAGCUCGCCAAGCACGCCGUGUCUGAGGGCACCAAGGCCGUGACCAAGUUCACCAGUUCCUGAGCGCUCGCCGCCUCUAGGGUUUCUGGUGGUGGUCAUGACUGCUCUCAGAUCUUGCUUCCUUUUACUAUGAUGUGUUGAUUUAGGGUUUCCUUUUGAUUUCUUUGGUUAGUGUAUGAAAUACGAUUUCUUCUCGUUGGAGGACUUGAAAUUCUACUAAAUCUCUUUUGUUUGAAAAAGGAUUCGAUAUUCUGAUCUCAGUUUUUUAAA